AUAUAUUUUGCAGUCGAGAAGGAUCAUGUCGCAGGUCUGCCACGACUUGCGGCCUUGCAAGAUAGUAACGAUAGCUUUUGCAUCUUCCGCAAAUUUGGGCCAGUUGCUGCUCGAAUUCUUAUAGGAAAACAAAUUGAGCUUGACCAACUUGUAACAAGGUUGAAUGAACUCGACAACGAAGACAUCGAAAAUUCAGAGACGAGGUACCGACUCCAUAGUACCGAAUUCUAUGACGGGUGUGAUCCCGAGCAAAGGAAUCUAACGAAGGAAAUUGAAGUCAAAAUCAAAGACUACUGGGAUCUCCUCUUGAAGUACGCUGAUGUUAGGAGUCUCAGCACCGUUAAUCCCCGCCAUCAUCGAAGUGUGCACACAUGGAUGAUAGACAAUCGACCGCUGUUUGAAGGAGAAGAUGCCUUUAUCCUUUCAGUUGAUGACUUUAUCACGGCUCGAAGAGUGUCGGGCUACGGCCCACCGCAUGGAAGUAGGCUUGCGGAAAUGCUCGAGUCCUUCAUCGCGCAGCAACCCCGAUCAGGGCUCAGAUUAUGGCUCCAUCACUUACUCAAUGGCAAAACUGGGCGUAGCCGGACGAACAAUCCACAAGUCCAUCACUAUUCAUCUUCGGGUCUUGAUAUAUUUGCAAAAAUCGUUGCGUCGUCCGUCGCAGUCGGGAUUCUUCUCGUCCCUGUAUUCAUUCUGUUUCUGUUCGACCUGAGCCGUGCGAAGAUGGCUGCCAUCGUUGGUUCUUUUGUCUUAGUGUUUAUGGUCACUAUGUCGGUCUUGGUUGACGUUACCCCGCAUGACUUGUUCAUAGGAAUCGCUGCUUACUCUGCGGUUCUUGUGGCUCUUCUGUCUAACCUGGCACAGGGAAUGGGGCCUGGCAGCUCGUCACGAUGGACUAACGCCACCGCAGGGCACUGA